AGGGCCUUGCUCUUGCAAAACCAAACCACAAGGCAGGCUCGCAGAAGAAGGCAGAGCACCACCAUGCCCAGCUCAGCACUGCUGUGUUGCCUGGUCCUCCUGGCCGGGGUGGGGGCCAGCCGAGGCCGGGACUCCUCAUCUGAGAACAGCUGCACCCACCUCCCAACCAGCCUGCCCCACAUGCUUCGAGAGCUCCGAACUGCCUUCAACAGGGUGAAGACUUUCUUUCAAAUGAAGGACCAACUGGACAACAUAUUGUUGAACGGGUCCCUGCUGGAAGACUUUAAGGGUUACCUGGGCUGCCAGGCCUUGUCAGAGAUGAUCCAGUUUUACCUGGAAGAGGUGAUGCCCCAGGCUGAGAGCCAGGGCCAGAACAUCAAGGAGCACGUGAACUCGCUGGGGGAGAAGCUGAAGACGCUCAGGCUGCAGCUCCGGCGCUGUUAUCGCUUUCUGCCCUGUGAAAAUAAGAGCAAAGCAGUGGAGCAGGUGAAGAGUGCCUUUAGUAAGCUCCAAGAGAAAGGCAUCUACAAAGCCAUGAGCGAGUUUGACAUUUUCAUCAACUACAUAGAAACCUACAUGACAAUGAGGAUGACCAACUGAAACGUCCCGAGCAACGAAACACCUGGGGUGGCGACUCGGCUCGACUCCAGGACAUAAAUCGGAGAUCUCCAAAAUCCAAUCCAGGGUUCCAGGACAGCCGAACCAGCUCCCUGGACAACCCCGCCUUACCUCUCUCCUAGAAUAUUUAUUACAUCCAAUACCUCAACUUCCAUUUCUAUUUAUUUACUGAGCUUCUCUGUGAACUAUUUAGAAAGAAGCCCGAUAUUAUAAUUGUUCAAUAUUUAUUAUUUUCACCUGUGUUUAAGCUGUUUCCAUGGGUAACAUCCUAUGGUAUUUGAGUAUUUUAAGAGAAAUUGUAAGUUAUAUAAAGAAAAAAAAUGUUUCUUGAGGAGCCAACUGAAGCUUCCAUUCCAAGCUUGACCAUAUUUUAUACCUGUUCAGCUGUUUUCCCUGACCACCCUCUAAUUUCUUUUGUCCCUGGGCCUGGGGCUCCCAGCGUAUUACAAGGAUCUCACCCUCUUAGGAAGAGAAACUAGGAGCCCCUUUGAUCAUUAACAUCCCAGCGGCUCAGAGGGAUUCCCUUGGCCUCAUUCCCUAACCACUUCGUUGUUGAAAGCUGUAGCCAGCUUGUUAUUUAUAACAGCCUAAAAUUGGUUCUAAUAGAACUCAGUUUUAACUAGAAGCAGUUCAGUUCCUCUGGGAAUGUUACAUUGUUUGUCUGUCUUUGUAGCAGAUUUUAAUUUUGAAUAAAUAAAUGGGUUUAUUAAAA